AUGAGCACCGCCGAUGCUAGUAGCUUGACGACAUCGCCGCUCCAAAACGAACAACUUGUUUCGGCCAUUCUUGACGUGCACAAGGACGCUACCAAUACCGAAAAAUUAUUGGAGUUCGCCCGCAGCCACUAUGUGAGCAGGCUCGAGACGCCCGAGUUUUCGCUUGCUCCGUCCAUCCUUCACAACUUCUUCCAUGAUCUAUCGCAUCUUUACACGGAGCAUGUGAUGACGGGGGAGAUGCUCCGGUCCCUGGACAAGGCCUUCGCUCAGAAGCUCCAUCGCAUCGCUGCCUACAAGAAGGUGUCCGCUGUUUUCUUCACAGCGGCGGCCGUGAUCUGCGUUUGGGCCGCGGCAGCCAAUGCGGAUUCCAACAGGCCAGCUGCUGCGGCUGCUGCGGCCGCGUCCGUCCUGUUUGGUGCGCUCGGGACGUGGAUCCAGUCGCUUCUGAAGAAGCGUGAGAGGGCGGUCGAGAGCCGCAAGGAGACACUCGGCGUUAUGAUUAUUGGCGCUAAAAUCGCUGUCAAAGAUCUCAGCAGCGUUCACGUGGUGGCUCGCAGGUUGCAGUUCGAGGCCGAAUCUUUGUCGGAAACCGUUGAUGAUCAUGGGGAAAAAGUGGCGGCGCUGGAAAAGUGCUUUGAAGAAUUACUAGGCAAAGUUGACGACUACCGUGGUGAUAUGAAGUGGGUUAAACGAGUUGUGAUUCAAAGCAGUAUCUCCUAG